ACUUUCCCAAGGGGAGCGCGGGCGCCAGUUGCCUCCUUUUAAAGUUUGAGGGGCGGUGGCGGCCGGCAGGCGCAGGGGGACACAGGGGCCGCUACUGGAGCCGCGCCGCCGCCCAAGUCAUUCCACUAGAAGUGACUUCAUGUGAUGUCAGCUGAAUGUAAAAGACAGUGAUCUCACGCGGAGGGGAAGAUGUUUGCCAUCAAAAUGUGACAGAGGAAACACGCUGCAUGGCUCGGAACGCAUCUCCUUGGCGGUGGGGGAAAGAGACUUAGAGAAGAGUGGCUGCACCCUGGCCCAGUCCGGCACGGCUCGGCUCGGCGCGCCAUGGCAAGCUCGGCUUCCCUGGAGACCAUGGUGCCCCCGGCCUGUCCGCGCGCUGGAGCGUCGCCGGCCACUUCCAAGACGCUGGCCUUCUCCAUCGAGCGCAUCAUGGCUAAGACGUCGGAGCCCCGUGCGCCCUUUGAGCCCCGGCCAGGGGCGCUGGAGGCGGACGGCAGCCAGGGCAAGAAAUUGCUCAACCUCUGCUCGCCGCUGCCCUGCAUGAUCCCCCUCCAGCCUCUGAGCUAUGACUUGCCGUCCAAGACGCUGCUCAGUUACUCCGAGCUCUGGAAAACCAGCCUCCGGGCGGGCAGCAGUGGAGGAGGAGGCGGCGGCGGCGGCGGCGGCGGCGGCGGCGGCGGCGGGGGGGGCCCGGUGUGCGGCGCCAGCGGCUUGUGCAAAACCAACUGUGGCGUGUGCUGCAAGGCCGAGCUGGGCCUGGCGCCGUCUGCGCUGCCCGCCGGCAGGGUCAUAAAGCCGCAGGUCAUCAACCACGCGGUGGGGCUGCCGGCCAGCGGCUCGCUCUACUACUUCAACUACCUGGACUCUGCGGCAUACCCUCCAUCUGAGCUCCUCGGCGGCCACCUCUUCCCGUCUGGCCUCCUCAACGCACAGACCCCCGCCGCCCUGGCUGCGCACCCCAAGCUCUUUUUGCUGGAGAACGCCAAGUUGGCCGGCCUGGCCGCGGACAAGUUCCCCCAUCCGGCCCCCUAUGCCCAUAAAGAGCGCUUGCCGGCGCCUCUGGAGCAGGUGCUGAAAGAGAACUCGGCCCUGACCGCCGAGCGCGGUGGCGUCAAAGGCCACGGCAAGCUACCCGGGGCCUCCGCGGACGGCAAGCCCAAAAACUUCACCUGCGAGGUGUGCGGCAAGGUGUUUAACGCUCACUAUAACCUCACCCGCCACAUGCCGGUCCACACCGGAGCCAGACCGUUCGUGUGCAAAGUCUGCGGCAAAGGCUUCCGCCAGGCCAGUACGCUGUGCAGACACAAAAUUAUCCACACCCAGGAAAAGCCUCAUAAAUGCAACCAGUGCGGCAAAGCCUUCAACCGCAGCUCCACGCUCAACACCCACAUCCGCAUCCACGCAGGCUACAAGCCCUUCGUCUGCGAAUUUUGCGGCAAAGGCUUUCACCAAAAAGGGAACUACAAGAACCACAAGCUGACCCACAGCGGCGAGAAGCAGUACAAAUGCACCAUCUGCAACAAGGCGUUCCACCAGGUCUACAACCUGACUUUCCACAUGCACACCCACAAUGACAAGAAGCCUUUCACGUGCGCCACUUGCGGCAAAGGGUUUUGCAGAAACUUUGACUUAAAGAAGCACGUGCGCAAACUCCACGACAGCGUGGGCCCCGCCGCCCCCUCCACAAAAGACCUGACUCGGACAGUGCAGAGCUGAGAGCUACUGCCUCGCCCUCCCUUCUGGCCCCAUCCAACCCCCAAACAGAUCACACGUAUAAACUUAUUUCUAAAAUUAAGAGGGAAAAAAAACUAUAGCAGAGAGGCUAAAAUCUAUUUAUCGAAACCAGCAUAUUUUUGGAAAGCUAAACGUUUCCUCGAUGACUGGAAGCAAACGAGUGGCUCCCACCUUUGUAUAUGCGGGAAACUUAUUUAAACCCAGUGCGCCGAAACGUAUUUAAUUCCAGGCCUCGGCUUCUCCUUCGGGCGGUGGGUUUUAACCCCAGCCUGUCACGUGAACACCCGGGAAGAGCGCGGCGCCCCCAGCCAUCUUUCUACAGCCAUGUAAAUCCUCCUGUACAAGCGAACACGGAAUAUAUACAUAUAUCACUCAAUAAACA